GGCACGAUUUUAGCAUCGAAAACGGAGUCUCUUUUCUCGUGAGAAAGAGAGAACUUGGAAAACGAGUCGGCGAUCGACUGGGGUGCUUUCCAUCUCAAUGAAAGAUGUAUACACAAGAUAUAUACAGAGUUUACCAAAGGGAAAACGCUCAAAGAUUUCAUAAAGAACUUCCUUGUCUCUCCACACUCGGCGUGCCUUGUUCCUCUCGCUCGCACCACGACGACCAAGACAUGUAAACCCUAAACGCGAAUGUGUCGCGACUGUGAUUCUUCUUUUCGCCGUGACUUUCUUCCUAGAACGAAAACUUUCUUUUGUCACGCAGGUCUACCAGUUCCAAGCUGACGGCGUCUGUCCCUGUUACACAGAAGUCGGCAGUAUCUGUGCGUGGUUUAGACAACUCACGUGGAACUCUAUGCUUAUUCCUGGCUUUUGUUUCUCCUCAUCGAAAGUCCUCUGGCAUUUUCUUCGUCUCGUCCUUCCUUCUGCUUCUGUGGCGGAAACUGUCGCUUCUGUAUGGUCUCCACCCGCGUUUCCGUUUAGCGUAGUGUUGGCCGAAAAUCCCGUAGUGAGCUCUGCGUUCCACCUCAAUUUCCUGCUUUCCCGCGGGCAACCGAAAGAUCCCUUCUCUGCGCUGUUUUUAGCGGGAGUCCUUUCUGCCUUACGUGUUUUCCCCUUAUUUGCACAAUGCCGCCUCGGGGCAGCGCUUCUGCUGGCGCGAAACCCUCAGCACUCGAUAAGGUUCCGCCGCGGCUGCGUGUGCACGCCGCGGAGCUAGAAACGAUUUUCACCAGAAUCGAUGCGGACGGAGAUGGGAAGUUGAGUGAGGCAGACGUGAUGGCUUUCAUGAAAGACCGCGUUGGGUUUCCUCUGGAACCCGAUCAAGUGAAAGCGCUUCUCGUCGAGUUGCGUGGUCCGGGUGCGGCGGCAGAUCCGGGGAAAGGUGCCGCCUCGCCGGUCGACUUCCCGACGUUUCUCUGUUUUGUCGACAACCAGCUCAUGAAGCCGCUUCCCGAAGUUCUUCGUGAAGUUUUCCAGUACGUCGACACGGACAGAGACGGAAAAUUGACCGCCGGCGAACUGCAGGGAUUCGCAGCCCGUCUGGGUCUGAACCUAAGCGAAGCAGGGGCUGCCCAUCUUUUGAAUCGCGGCCAGAACGAAACUUGCGCAAAUUUCGAGGAAUUCUGUGGACUCGUGCAGGCGUCUCUGCCUUCCGCGAAUAAAUAAACUCGAGAGGAAACAACGUACGCGCCUGCGAAAGGUUGCACAAGGCUGCACCGGAGGCUCAGCGACGUCGCAGAACCGAGCAUUUCUUCUGUCCCGAAGCUCGGGAUUCAUAGAGGACACUGGCGGCACCUAGAUACGCUUGCAGAGCCGCAGGUUUCUGCGACGCUUGCGCGGUGCAAAGGAAAACUCCGAAAACCGCGAAGGAAGCCACUCUUCCGACGCUGCGGACGUCUGGGACGACUUCUGCGUCAGCUGAGAUGCUGACACGGACGCCACGUGGAACAAAGUGUGAACAGUAGGCGAUGUCCUCUGACACGAACUAGGGGUCUUGCAAGUCGGCAUUUAAGAUGACUUUCGGGUAGCCAAUGCCGGCAACCGCAGAAGUUCCAAAGCACAGAAGCGCAUCCCACACCAGCCACAGACGUGUAGAAGGGAACGAAGCAUUUUCAAGAAAUAGUCAAACGAAACUACCUCCAGCGACACACAGAGUCAUGGCAAUCGAAAUACAGACUUCAGUCAUCUAACAUCCGUAUUGCACGCAGGGUGAUAGGUUAUAUAUACGUAUAUAUAUAUAUAUAUAUAUAAGGGAACUGCAGUUCUUUGGGUAUCGAAGAGACACGGUUUUUGACAAGAAUUACUUUUAACGCGACUUAGGACGGGACAAAAUGUCAAGGUGGACUUGAUCAAGUUGUAUUACGAUGCGGCUGGUGAUUACAUGGAUAAGUCCCCUGCAGAGUGUCGCGGCAGAUGCCGUCGAUGACGAAAAUGGGGUUUCAGCGUGUUUUUCUCGAGUUCUCAGCGCUCUCGUUUUAUCGAAGUGGCGCUUCUCACUCUCUUCGUCUGGACGUUUUUUAUUUCUUUCUUCUGCAAAGUGCUUUCGCCUUCGGAGUGCUCCAUGUUUCUACACUAAACCCCUUGUCGGGAGAACCACUACGCUGUGUUUCUUUCGCUCUAGGCUAUCGAACGAGGCUUCAGCGCCUUUCCUUGUUCUUUUCCUUGUGAUUUGAGCGGUUCGAGGUACAUUCUUCCGGAUUUCCACGGCUGCAGAGAAUCGACGGCGUAGGGUUCAAAUGACGACAGAGGAUCUUUCACCUGAGGUUCCUAUCUCUUCCUUCUGGUCACUCUCGGUAACGGUUGUCUCGUUUUUUUAGUUGUCAAACGGAACUGUUUUCACCACUGUACAAAAACAGUUCUACCCGAACUUCUCCAGUUUUCU